CGGGACUGGGCCGAUAUCCGCGUGACCGUUCGGAGACGAAAAAAAGAACGCAGGGAUUGCACCCAAUAUUGACCCAGAACACUGCGGGUAGUCUCUUCUGGGCAGAAACGCCUCCUUUUGCCUUGUCCCGUUGUCUGCCGAUUCGUGUAUCGGCGGUUGUAGUCGCCCAACUCUGCCUCUUAAGAGACAUUGUAACGCUCGCCGUCUUGUCAUCCACAAACUUUCGCUUCGUUUCUUCAUUCAAAGUUCACGACACUCUGACACCAUGGGCUUUAGCUUCAAGGGCCGCUCCGAUGUGGGCGUCAAAGAUGUUUCUGACCAUAGCGAUCCCGCUGCAGUAGAAGCCGGCGCCAACUCCAAGAUGGGCAGCAUCGAUGCCUCUGUCGAAAAUGCAGGACGCGCUCCUGAUGAGAAUGCGCAAGGUGGUGUGCAGCAGGUCGAGGCCAUGACACUCUCCUGGUCCAAGGGUAACCUGAUUGCUGUAUUUGCAAACAUCUGGUGCCUCUAUCUCGUCAAUGCCUGGCAGUCAGCCAUUCUGAGCAGUCUGCUCUCCUACGCUACUAGCGACUUUGACGGCCACUCGCUGCUCAAUGUGAUUCCUGUUGUUUCUAGCGCCAUGACGGCAGCCAUGUUUAUGCCUGUCGCUAAGCUACUCGAUCUUUGGGGCCGUCCACAAGGAUUUGCCAUCAUGGUUGGCUUCGCGACGCUGGGACUUAUUCUCACAGCCACCAGCCACAGCAUUGCCGCUUUGGCUGCUGCCAACGUCUUCACCAGUCUCGGAUUCAGCGGCAUCAUCUACUGUAUCGAUGUUGUCACCGCCGAUGUUUCCACUCUUCGCAACAGAGCUCUUGCGUACGCGUUUACAUCCUCGCCGUACAUGAUCACUUCUUUUGCUGGUCCUAAGGCGGCCGAGGCAUUCCAGGCAAACACAGAUCUGACCUGGCGCUGGGGAUUUGGCAUCUUCGCCAUCAUUCUUCCCAUCGUUGCAUCACCACUGUUCUUCGUCCUUCGAUCAGCCUUGUCCAAGGCCAAACAGAACGGAACUCUGGUAGAGCGCCAAAAGAGUGGACGUACCCUGCUGCAGAGCAUCUGGUACUAUAUUAUCCAGUUUGAUGCCGCCGGUGUUAUCCUCUUCUCGAUUGGUCUGACCGUUUUCCUCCUUCCAUUCAACAUUGCCGCCACGGCUGCUGACGGAUGGGGUUCAGGAUACAUCAUCGCCAUGAUCGUGCUAGGAGUCGUCUUUCUUGGCAUUUUCUUUGCCUAUGAAACAUGGAUGGCACCUGUUCCCCUCCUUGGUCUUGUGUACAUGACUGAUCGCACCGUUAUUGGCGCAUGCCUCAUCAACGCCACCUAUCAAAUCUCUUACUACUGCUGGAACAACUUGUUUAGUUCGUUCCUACAAGUCGUGAACAAUCUAUCUAUUGCCGAGGCCGGCUAUGUCAACAACACUUUCACUGUUGUUUCUGGAUUCCUUCUAUUUGGUGUGGGUUUCGCGAUCCGCAGAACUAACCACUUCAAGUGGCUGCUUUACAUUGGCGUACCAAUCUACAUCUUCAGCCAGGGCCUCAUGAUCUACUUCCGCAGACCUGAUCAGUCCGUGGGUUACCUAAUCAUGUGUCAGGUAUUGAUCUCUAUUGGUGGCAACAUUUUCAUCAUUGUUUGUCAGCUAGCGAUCCUCGCUGCUGUCGACCAUCAGCAUGUUGCGACAGCUUUGGCGCUUCUCAACGUUGUUGGCACGGUUGGCGGUGCCAUGGGCGGCACAAUCUCUGGAGCUAUCUGGACCAACACGUUCCCUCAGGCCUUGGAGAUGUAUCUUCCCGAAUCGGAAUUGGGCAACGUGACGGCUAUUGCUGGCGAUAUCACCGUCCAGCUAGGUUAUGAGAUGGGCAGUGAAGCACGUAUUGGCAUCCAGAAUGCUUACGGCUACGCCCAAACCAGAAUGCUUGCGGCCGGUACUGGAAUCAUGGCUCUGGCAUUGAUCUGGAUGUUCAUGGUGCGCAACAUCAAUGUUGGCAAGAAGCCUCAAGUUGUUGGAACUGUAUUUUAAUGCCACACACACGUUUCUCGGUACAACAAUACGCGGUCCCAUGAAUGGGUCUGCAUAUUGUGGAAAAGAUCGCCGCAAAAGUCUACACAGUAUCACGAGCUCGUAGUCUAAGCUCUCCCGAAACUCUGGCCUAGCAACUUCAGUUUUAACCUUGGUAUAUGUCAAUUUAGCUGAUGGUUUAGCGUAGCGUGUACCGUUCAAUAUGCUAAACAGAAAAUAGCCAACCGGAGCCUGACACAAAACUUGUAAUCCUUUACUAUUGCUUGGCUCUCGUGCUGCCUUAAUAAGUUCUCUCGCAUGCCCAUGGCAAUCCAAAAGACACCACGCCAAUUUAUACGCUGAACUAUAGCAAACAUAUCGAAUGCUUCUUUAAGAUCUGUGGACGAUUGUAAUAUUUAACCUGUACCUUGCUGUGUUAAAGUUGGCGGGGGAAAGUAUAGCAGCAUUUAUCUCGUAAAUAGCCAUCAAGUCGUUGUCUUUUUCUCUACACUUCUAUCUAGUGUAUGCAAGCUAAUCUGGUGUCUCUAAAUCCCCAUUACCGCUACUGGCCGGGUUAAAUGCAUGUCUAAAGUCGUCCAGCUCGCGCAGCUGCUUCUUGGACACACUCGGACGAAUCUUCUGAAGGGCAUGUAUGAAAUGCGCAUUGGACAGCUGUACGGUUGGGAGAUUCUCCACUGCUGUCGACGCAUUAUCAUUUCCGGCAAGAUUAUACUCCAUGGCCCAGAGCAGAGCCGCCUCACCACACAAGUUGUUCAGGUCGGAUCCUGAAUAUCCAUCGGUCAGGGCUGCCAGUCUCUUAAGAUCUACAUCAGGGAGGAUAUCGUCCUUGUGCAACAAGACACCCAGAAUCUUCUCACGGGCUUGUUCGUCUGGAAGUCCAAAAUGAAUCUUCUGCGGCAGACGGCGCAGAAAGGCAGGGUCAAGAUCCAUGGGCCGGUUCGUGGCGACGAGAACAAACGGCGCAUCACUUGCCCUAGAUGUUAACCCAUCCAGCUCUUGGAGAAACUGGGUGAGUGUUGUGCGCUCCCACUUCCUGUCCCACUCGCCGCGGCGAUAGAACAGAGCGUCGACCUCGUCAAAGAAGACGAUGCAUGGCGCAUGCUUGCGGGCCACUGUGAAUGCCGCUCGGAUAGAUUUCUCCGUUCUGCCUACUGCAGUAAACUCCAACGCGGCAGAGUCUAGAGCAAGCAUGUUGCAGCCCAUCGUUUGGGCAAUGGCGCGGCAGAGAUGCGUCUUUCCGGUUCCGGGUGGUCCGUAGAAUAGCGCGCCUUUGACCUGUAGUCGAGACAGGAGGACGGAGGAUUUCGCGUGGACCUUCAUCUUGGUAAGCAUAAUCAGCUGCUUGACUGUGUCUUUGACUUCGUCUUUCAGAAUAACAUCGUCCAGUCCUGUCGAAUUCAUAUCCUCUAUAACCCGUGUUGUUAGUGGUAUAUCGGGCGGUCAUGUGCAGCGAACUUACCAAUCUUGACCAUGUAUUCCAGCAUCUCCUUCUCGUAUCCAGCUUUCUCAUCAUCGGAGUCAGAGUCCGAGUCGGAGCUAUCUGAAUUCGAGUCAUUGUCAGAAUUGCUAUUGGCGUCGCCCUCGUCAUGGCGCAGUUUCUUAGAGAGGGAGAUUCGAUGCAAGACAUCAACAACAUCGUCCACGUUGAGUUUCUCUUUGUUCCAAGCCCGUCCUGCCACUUGUACGGCAACCUCUUCCAUGAGGUCAAUAUCCGAGCCGUCCAGGUUGAUAUGUUCAUUAUCCACUUUGAGAUCCCACUGCGUACUGGGCAGCAAUAGCUCUUCAUCAAAAUAUUGCCCCGCAUACUGCUGUAGCAUCGCCUUCAGCCCCAGGACAAAACGGUUGGAGGCAGUCUCUUCGGGCUUGAUAGGCUUUUUGAGUUGGUCGGGUACCUCAACAGGGCGUAGCAUAAAGGUGGACGCUGGUGGGAUUCCUCCUUUGAAUUGAAAGAGACGGUAGUCUUUGGUUUUGUUACUUCGGUAGUAUUCCUGGUUAGACUUCUCGUCCACUUGGGAUGUAAUGAGCAGGAGGACGGAUUUGCCUUCAGCCCUAGCGUGAUACACAGCCUCGCGAAGUCUACAAAGGACUUUGCGAUACGCUACUGGAAGCAGCUGCCUAGCCAUAGCAAGGUGAAUCAUCAAGAUGUGAGAUGCCUUUGAAGAUUCAGUUUUUGAGGCUUCGGUUGUUGCGGUUUCGUCCUUUGAAGCCUCUUCUUUUGCAGUCUCUUCUUUUGGUGUCUCGUCCUUUGAAGUAUCCUUCUUUAGAGUCUCUUCUGUUACAGCCUCAUCCUUUGGAGUCUCAUCAUUGGGAGUUUCAUCUUUUGUUGUCUUGUCUUUCGCAAUGUCGGCCCCGGCAUCGCGCAUAUCCUCCGCAAGGCCCAAUAUCGGCGCAAAGGCUCGUUUGGUAAUCUGCGCCUCCUCUUCGGAAACAUUUCGCUGGCAUCGCUGGCCAAAGUGAUGAAGCAUGGGUCCAUCGGCAGGAUGAUAGACCUCGUAGCCCGAUUCCUUAGUUGGCCUGCGAUAGCUCGUUGCGCCGCUACCAUGACCAGCAGGUGGAACAGGUGUAUGGUUGCCGUAUGUUGUUGCCAAACUUCUGAAAUCAUCGAGUGACACUGUAGCCAAGGUGGCGUUGAAUUCCUUGGCUAGUGCCUGGACAUAUUCUCUACAGACGUCGUCCGAUUCGGCAGCUUUGCAUUGGAUGGUGGCUCCCAUACUAUACAUGGGCAGCUUGCCAGAAGCAUCGCGCAUCAUCAAUGCAGCCAACGUGUCGCGCACUGACGUGAACAGUUGGUGCGAUACUCCGAAUGCACCCUCUGUAGCCUUUGCAGCCUCUGCUGUUGUCUCUGUCGUUGCUGCUGCUUCUGAGCCGGCAUCGGCAAUGGUCUCUAUCCUUGGUACUGCUGCCGGUCCAUCUUGACCCUUUUGAUCGAUCCAGCGAAUCUUGGGUCUAGCUUCCUUCAGCUGCUCUGGUGUCUGGAUAUUUUUCGACAGGAACCAUUCUGGAAGCACGUGCUGAGGCGGCGCUUCCACGUCAGUUGUGGACGUCGGUGUUGGUUGGCCGGGUUCUGAGUCUGCUUCAGAGACCAUGGUUGGGUUGGUAUAGAAUACAAAGUGGCCUUGCAAGCAUUGAAUCUGGCUGGAGGCCUUGUCUUGUAUUUAUCUAGGCACCUCUUCGGUCGCAAGCACGUUAUGAGGCUGUGGUGGCGGUCAGAUGCAAGCUCAGCCCCAACGACAGGCUGGACGGACGCCUUUGCC